AGGAGCACGUCUUUCUACUCCUUGGUUGAUCUGGUCGUCCUUGUUGGGCUUUGGCGAAAGCAGGUUUCACAUCUCCUGCAAUCCGUGUGUGACCGCACUCUCUGAGAGUACCCACGUGCCAUUGUCGUACGAGCAACAUUCAGAGAUUUGACGGCUUGUGACAAUGAGUAUGAGCGAAGGAAGAACGACUUUACGAACACGUUGCCCAGAAUUGCUUCUGUUGGCAUUGCUAGUGGCUGUAGUUUGUGAUGCACUGAGCUCGGACCAGUUUGUCGUCAUCCAUGACGUAAACUGCAGGUACAGAUACCGCUACGACACCAAGAAUACGUGUGCUGGCCCUCGCUGCUGGAUGGAUCCAAGGCUUUUCCAAACACCCGACAUUUUAGUCAAGCCUCAAAGUCAAAAGCUCUGCGUUGUUCGCGUACCGGUUGGAGCGUAUGACUUGGAGUUCUUUUUCUCACUGGCUGAUGUCAAGUUUCCUAGCUCAAACUGCUCUACGGACGUACUCAGCAAUCGUAUCGGCAUGUACAAGAUGUUGGGAAACGGUACGCGUCUGAACAUCUCGCAGCAUCAAGACGAGUUUCAAUACCGCAAACCACAACUGGGCAACGCUUCGGAGCCUUGGUGCAAGUCGCCGAGGCUGCCAGCAAUCGCGGACCCCUACCUUGACAAGUGUAUGGUUAACAUGUUCUUCUCCAGGAUGAAGGACAUCUUCAAAGGUAACUGGCAGUUCGUCGUGCAGCCAGCUGACGGAGCUGCCCCGGGCGCUGAGCCGGCCGUGCACCAGUUUCAGAUAGAGAGUGUCCAGUGGACGUGUGGUGUGUGCUUUGGUGAAAAUAGCCAGUGCAGAACGCUCACGUACGCUGACGUCUACCCACCGCAGCAGUUGGACGACUUCAAGCCCAUGUUCACGAUACCAAGGGUGCCCAUCAAGAUUGGCCAGAGCAAGUGCAUCAGGUUUGAAAGCACCACCGAUCUGCAUGGCGGCUGGUUGCUGGCCAACAACGCAACGUCUGAGCAUGCGCAACCAGUCCAGUAUGUGGAGCAAGCAGAUGCCGGCGUUUCGGGUCCGACGACCCUAACCGUUUACCCCAUACCGGGGGUGUCGACCUAUGGUUCGUACCAACAGUGUUUGCACAUCGAUCACAUGACCACGUCCCUGGCAGGAUGGUACUUCUACCAGUUCAGCGACGCACACACGGCCGCCAGUUCGAGAAACGGCACCAUCGCCAUAUUCGUCGAAGUGGAACAGGACGGACUGAGCACCGCUGAGUUACGGGCACCAUACCGCAUUGAACUGGGGAUUCUGGAUGCUGGACUGGUUAUUUGGGGCUGUGUGCUUACUGUGUAUCUUUGCCACAAGGAUUGUACUUGGUGGAAGAAGUGCACGCCAAAGCAAGUAAGGACUGUUGACGAAGUUGACCUGAGCGAAUCCCACUGCCACUUUGGGCCUCCUCUAUUGGUCUGCAGUGUACACAGCGGUGAACCAACACCAUCCCUGGAUCAACCUUAUAAGUAGCGUCACGUGACCGUGACCUGUCACCUAGCCACUGGAGCAAUGGGACCGGUCAUGCAGCACGUCCUACAGCUGCAGCAGAUGCAAGUGUAGUCCACCUACCAAGUAGAGAGGACCAAUCGAACGUAGGAGCCGCUAACUCCUCCAUCAGUGACCAGACAGAUCUCCGAACCACACACGCUUUACCCGGCGGUGAACAUUUCACAGCAACUUUUUUAUUUUCUACUUUAUGCUGCUGUUCUGGUACAUGUACUAGAUUAUUGUACAUUCCCCCCCCCCCCCUCCCCUCCCCCUCAAUCCGCCCCAACCCCUUCCUUCCUGGUGCGCGCGUCCAGUGCUGACUCCGAGACCUCAGGUCGGACUAGCUGGACUCGACUCAAAUGCACCUUGCUUUUGCAUGUCCCACCCUUUUGUCUGUUUGUCCUAGCCUUCUGUCCUAUUUUACUAUAUCGGCCCAUUUUGCUGGAUGACGCUAGGAAUUAACGCUCAGCUUAUCUCUCACGUUAACAUCAUAGGGAGGGCCAAAAUGCUUUGCAUGCAUCAGGUUUGGCUUCGUUCGUUCUUGUCCGUAUGUGCAUGAUGAUGCUUGUAUGUUCGUCUCUUACUGCAGUCCUAUUUCUUGUAUUGUAUUGUAUGGUAAUGAUGUAUUUGAAUUCUGAAUCUCUUCUUCUUCUUCUUUAAUACGUUCUUAUCAAAUCAUUGUUUAUCGACUUAAGUUGACUGAUUUUCAUCCUGGCGGUGUGCCAUGACCGAAUAAUUAUUGAAUUAUUUCGUUUGUGACGCAGCAAAGAGACCGUGUAACUUGCGCA